GCCGCCGGCUCUGGCUUCCAUUCCAUUCGCAGGGACGGCAGGGGCGCCGCGUGAGGGGGAGACGCGCGGCCGCAGCACCGCCCGCCCGCCCGCCCCGGGCCGGUCACCGCCGGCACCAUGAAGAUCUGGACCUCGGAGCAUGUCUUCGACCACCCCUGGGAAACAGUUACAACAGCUGCUAUGCAGAAAUACCCAAAUCCCAUGAACCCUAGUGUGAUUGGAGUUGACGUACUAGACAGACACAUAGACCCCAGUGGAAAGUUGCAUAGCCAUAGACUGCUCAGUACAGAAUGGGGGAUGCCUUCUAUCGUAAAAUCACUCAUCGGUGCUUGCAGAACAAAGACAUACGUUCAGGAACACUCUGUAGUUGACCCUGUGAAAAAAACAAUGGAACUUAAGUCAAGUAACAUUUCAUUUACAAAUCUGGUAUCAGUAGAUGAGAGGCUUAUCUAUAAACCACAUCCUCAAGAGCCAGAAAAAACCAUUUUGACUCAAGAAGCAAUAAUCUCUGUGAAAGGUGUCAGUGUCAGCAGUUAUCUAGAAGGAUUAAUGGAAAACACUAUCUCUUCCAAUGCGAAUAAAGGCCGUGAAGCAUUGGAAUGGGUAAUCAGUAAAUUGAAUGCUGAAAUUGAGGAGUUCACAGCUUCAGCAAGAGGAAGCAUGAGGACUUCUAUGGCAGCGGCAGCAUUUGUAGAGAAAUAAUAGUGAAUACAGCUAUAUCAAUUAAUAGGUCUAAGUGAAAUAAGCAAACUAAAACUUCUCUCCAAGUUGAAAUAUAUUUAUUCUUAUAUUUGUUAUUUAAAGGCAUAUUUGUAUAUUAGGUAGUUUUUAAAUUAAAACUUGGAGAGAAGUUACAAAUUCUUGUGACUGAAGGUUAUGUGCUGGGGCUUCACUAACAUGUUAGUUCCAUUGGACUGAACGUUUGUUUCAAAUGAAAUAACCUCCUAACAUUCAGAGCUCAUUCCUGUAAUUAAUGAACACUUAUAUAAAAUAGUUUUUAUCCUAGGUAAGAUUGCAGAUGUUGCGGGAGAUUGACAUGUUAGUGAAUCCUACUUGGGUGGAAUUUAGUGGUUUGAUUCAUGGACUCUACCUCUUUUGGGACCAAGCCCAUAAUUAAGCAAAAUGGCUUGUUCUAGCAAAGUUGGUGUUAUGUUUGUCUUGGGCAGUUGAAUGAUAUAACUUGAUUUAGAUGGAAGUUUUAUUACUUGAAGUCUGAAGUAUAAAUGAAUGUUUGUAUAAAAAUACUUGUUUUGAUAAA